CUAAAGUAAGGAAUCAUCUCUAUAUAAGGACAGAACCAAACCCUCACCUUAAUUACACACAAAAUUCCAUCCUUACAUUCAGCUACUAGUGAUGGAGCAAGAAGGAGUGGAGAAGAUGAAGAGAGGUGAGUCUGUAGGGGAAGUUAAUGAGGAGAAAUGGGUUCAUGACUCAUCUGUUGAUUACAAAGGAAGGAUCCCUCUCCGAGCUUCCACUGGUGUAUGGAAAGCCUCCCUUUUCAUUAUAGCAAUUGAGUUUAGUGAGAGGUUGAGCUAUUUUGGAAUAGCAAUGAAUCUCAUCACAUACCUCACCAAAGUGCUUCAUCAAGACCUUACAAUGGCAGCCAAGAAUGUAAACUACUGGUUAGGAGUAACAACCAUGAUGCCACUCAUUGGAGGCUUCCUCGCCGACUCGUACUUUGGGAGAUUUCGCGCAGUCCUCAUCUCGGCUUUUAUCUAUCUCUUGGGCUUGAUCCUAUUAACAAUGUCCGAAAUGAUACCAAGCUUGAAGCCUUGCAAAAUGGAGAAGUACUGUACCAAGUCCACAAAGAUUCAUGAGAUCAUAUUCUUCCUAUCUAUGUACUUGAUCUCAGUAGGAACAGGAGGUCACAAACCCUCUCUGGAGAGCUUUGGAGGUGACCAGUUUGAUGAUGACCAUUCUGAAGAAAGAAAGAAGAAGAUGUCUUACUUUAACUGGUGGAAUUUUGGUCUAUGCUGUGGUCUUCUGCUUGGUGUAUCAGUGAUAGUCUAUGUGGAAGACUAUGUCAGUUGGGGUGCUGCAGAUUUCAUUCUUUCUGUGGUUAUGGCUAUUUCAAUUGUAAUCUUCUAUGUAGGAAGACCAUUGUACCGAUUCAGGGUCCCAGAAGGAAGCCCUUUGACACCCUUGUUGCAGGUGUUGGUAGCAGCUAUAAUCAAGAGAAAUCUUCCCAAUCCUUCUGAUUCUGCUCAAUUAUAUGAAGUUCCCAAGACACAGAAAACCCAAGGAAGGCUUUUGUGCCAUACACCUAAGCUCAAGUUUUUUGACAAGGCUGCAAUCAUUGAAGAUGAUGAAGAUAUCAAUGGUAACGAGAAAGGAUCGAUAGAGAAGCACCAGAGUCCAUGGAGAUUAGCAACAGUUACCAAAGUGGAAGAGAUGAAGCUUGUUCUCAACAUGUUCCCUAUUUGGGCAUCUUCCUUAAUAUUUGGAAUAUGUAUAGCUCAAACUGCCACUUUUUUCAUUAAACAAUCCAGUACCAUGAACAGACGGAUAAGCCAUGAUUUUGAGAUCCCCCCAGCUACAAUCUAUGCUCUUGCUGCUAUUGGAAUGACCAUUGCUGUUGUCAUCUAUGACAAGAUCCUAGAACCUGUACUGCGAAAAGUUAAGGGGAAUGAAAGAGGCAUUAAGAUCCUACAAAGGAUUGGUAUUGGGAUGGUGUUCUCAAGUGUAACAAUGGUUGUUGCUGCCUUGGUGGAAAGAAAAAGACUUAACCUAGUUGAGAGGGAAAUUAUUCAAGGAGGGCUAACCAUCGGCGGCAGUGUUCCGAUGAGUGUGUUCUGGUUAAUCCCACAAUUCUUGCUAAUUGGUAUAGGGGAUGGGUUCACUCUGGUGGGUUUGCAAGAGUACUUCUAUGACCAAGUUCCUGAUUCCAUGAGAAGCUUAGGGAUAGCUUUAUACCUAAGUGUGAUUGGUCUUGGGAGCUUCCUUAGUAGUCUAUUGAUAACCAUUGUUGAUCAUGUGACACACAGAAGUGGGAAGAGUUGGUUUGGCAAAGACAUGAACAGCAGCCGCGUGGACAAUUUUUAUUGGUUGUUAGCAGCCAUGAAUGCAGUGAACUUGUGCAUAUAUGUCUUCUUAGCUAGGAGGUAUUCCUACAAAAAUGUGCAGAGAAGGGUGGCUAUUGCUGACUGUUAUGAGAAAGAUGGAGCAGAAUUCAUGGCCUGAGAUGAAUUAUAGCAAGGAGUGUGAUAGCUUUUCUAGGUUGGUACUUUACGUUUUCUAUUGCAAUCUGUAAAUGAAGAAUCUGAUCCAUUGUAGCAAAAGAAGGGGAUAUGGUUGUGAUUGUCUCCAUGGGUGAAGCACUUCAUUGUAGCAAAAUAAAGCCACCUAAUUUUCAAUUAAAAUCUAAGCACUUUUUUUCUAUUCAAA